GAAGAAGUAGAUUAACCUAACAACUUUCAUAACCUAAACACAAAUUUGAGUUAUAAAUAAUGUCACUGUUUAUAAUAGUUAGGAAAUCCUGUGAGCAUUUAAGCUCCGGGAUUUUUCGAAAUAUACUUCAGCACACAAGUUACCCAAAAACUGUGAAUAAGUGCGUACAAAAUCGAUCAUUUUUCACAUUUUUCAAGAGAACCAAAUUGCGAGAUAUUAAAAUUAAGGAUAAUAUUCCCGAUGAAUACAAGUUAAUAUAUAGAAGUACAUUAGAAAGAUAUUUAAUACUUGGUCAAGUAGCUACAACUCUUACUGCGUUUACAGCAGGUGUUAUGCUGGUAGCUAAAUUGAAUCAAGAAUCAGUUCUGCUGGAAGAUUCUGAACGACAUGAAAGAAUGAAACCUCUGUACAAUAAGGCAAGACCAGUGGAUAAUGAAAUAUAUGUGUAUUUUACCGUUUUAGUGGGAAUUAUUUUAUCCAUUCAGGUUAUAUCUGGAAAGGCUCCAGUUAGAAUUUACAAUUAUCCUCGAAGGGAGGAGUAUGUUAUGAUAUUUAAUGGAACACUACCAUUUACAAAGAGAAAACUUGUUUGUAAAGCUGGUGAAGUAUUUCAUAUACCACAAAAUAGUUAUAUGCCUUGGAAAGAGAGUCUUUAUGAAAUAUAUAAAAAACAGGAAAUAAUAUUGAUGGAAGAUAGUUUUAAACGACCUGCUGAUUUACAUGUAAUGAUGGGAAUCCAAAGAGGAAAGGAAAAACAAAAUUAAAAUAUUAAUUUAUUUUGUAUUAUAUUAUUUCAAUAUAAAUAUGAAUUAUAUAG